CGUUGACUGCCGUGUGAAUUUGUACGAGUAUUUUGCGGUGCUUGUUCGUGAAUACAGUGAUGUUACAAUUAUUGCUUGUAAAAUAUGUUAAUUAAUUGUUUGCAAAAACAUCACGUCACAAUUAAAUAAGUGUUACAUAACAGUGAGUGCAUCCAUAUAAAAUGAGUGAGCCAAAGCCAUCGGGAAUAAGACCACCAUCGAAAAUUGGUCGACCAUGCAGCAAUUUACCACCAAGACCAGCAGUUCCACCAUCAUCCCCCAGACCAUCAAUGAACCAGAUGGAUCAUCUCUGGGAAACGCACGGCCGUCGAUUAAGCGAGGCUGGCCUGCGCAGAGGAUCAGAUAACAGCGUGGUCCUGACCGAGGACACGGACAGCUUUAUAAUUGGCGACAGAGUAUGGGUCGGUGGCACAAAAUCAGGCUCCAUAGCCUACAUAGGAGAAACGCAAUUCGCCCCUGGAGACUGGGCUGGUGUGGUUCUGGACGAACCUAUCGGCAAGAACGAUGGAUCCGUGGCCGGAUGUCGAUACUUCCAAUGUGAACCGAAGAAAGGAAUCUUCUCUAGACUGACCAGAUUGACGAGGACACCGUUGACCGAUAUUUCUGCCAUUUCACUGAUGCAGAAAACGCCUACAUCGCCACCUGACAGCGCAAAAGGGAGUCUCAGCAAAUCUAUGUCUCCGUCAUUAAACGCAUCAACGACGAGUCUGUCGUCCAUGGUGUCGCAGAGGGAUCUCAGGAUAGGCGAGAGGGUGAUAGUAUCGUCCAGUCAAGGCAGCAAAACCGGUGUCCUGAGGUACAUGGGCCUCACGGAGUUCGCAGUUGGCGAAUGGUGCGGCGUAGAACUCGACGAGCCUAUUGGAAAGAACGAUGGUUCAGUUGGUGAAAGAAGGUACUUCGAGUGUCGACCUAAAUACGGCUUGUUCGCACCCGUGCACAAGGUCAGCCGGUCGCCGUCUAGCAAGAGGUCAUCGUGCAUGGUGCAUAAACCAACUGGCGCCGCCCUGAACACGUCCCUGAGGAAGACCGGUUCCAGGGAGUCGUUGGUCUCGGUGUCGAGCAUCGCUAGUACCACAAGCACAGCCACCAGGGCUGGUGUUAGCGCCGCGAGGAGGCCUGGUCUCCGCAUGUCGACACCUGCACGAAUCACCCUGCAGGAAACGUUGAAGGAGAAACAGCAGGAGAUCGAGUUCCUCCGGAAAGAGAGAGAUUUAGAACGUGAACGUGUGACGAAAGCGGCGAAUCAGGCAGAUCAAGCAGAGCAAUCGAUAAUUUCAAUAGUAAAAGAAUAUGAGCAGUAUCGAGAGAAAAUGCAAAAGACAGUCUCCGAUGCGGAGAACGCUUUCUCGAAGUUGCUCGAGGAGAAGAACGCGCUUGCUUUGCAACUGGAAGAGGAGAAGAGGAAGUGCGAAGACCUACUGUUUCGUUUCGAAGAAGAAUCGGUUAAUAAGGACGAUAUUCAGAAAGAGAGAAGUGAACAAAGUGUGAUAAAUACUGUAAAUGAAAAUAGGAUCAAAGAUCUUGAAAAACAGUUACUGGAGGAAAGGGAACGCGUUGCUCAACUAGAACACGACAGCAUAAAGCUUUUUGAAACUGAAGAGGAACUGGCACGUCUUCGUAAUGAGACCACCAGUGCCACUGCUCAAGACAAGCUUCAGCUUGAAGACUUACAGAAUCGGAACAAAAUCUUGGAGGAGAGCAAGAGUACUCUUGAGAACGAGGUGCAAGAGAAGAUGAAAUUGAUGGAACAAUAUGUGACCCAAUUAAAAGAGCUGGAAUCAAAACUGAACGAAAAUCAACAGGAAAGCGUGGUACACAAAGAAUCGGAAUCUAGUUUGCGUACAGAAUUGGAACGUGCAACAAAAGAUUUGCAAGAGAAAAGUAUGAUGAUAGAAGAUAUGAGAAAGGAAUAUGAAAAUGCUUUGCAAGAGCAGUUGCAACAGGUCACGAAAACGAUAAGUAACAUGAAGAAGGAGAAUACAAGCGAAAAGGAAUCGCUAAUGUCUAAGUAUGAAAAAAUGGUUGAAGAGAAGGAAAAUCUUAAGGCGAAAACACAGGAAUUGGAAAUAGAAUCGAAAAAACAGCUAGAAGAGCAAAGAGUUGCUUUGGAGAACGUUAAGAUUGAAAACAUGAAGCAACUCGACAAGCUCUCAGAGUCCUUCAAUGAACAGUUAAAUGUGAAAGAUUCGAAAAUUAAAGAAGUUUCUGUGCAACUAGAUCAGAAGAUAUCCGAAACUGAAAAACUGAUAACUGAACUUUCCACACAAGUUGAUAUAAGUAAGAAGAAAGAUGAAGAGUUAACUGCAGCCUUAAAGAAAUUAGAAGAAUUAAACGAAAAGCUGAAAUUAAUGGAAGAGAAAAAUACUCUACUUUCUAACCAGAUACAAGAGUAUCAAUCGAAGGCUGACGACAGUUUCAAAAUAGUUCAAGAAAAACAAAAAUUGGAGCAAGAUUUUGCGUCUUUAGUUGUCACCGAGGCUAGUUCUUCCGCGCAAGUGAAAAAAUUAAGCGAAGAGCUAAAAGUGAAAGAAAAAGAAUUGUCGGAACUUCGUUCCAUCACUGCAGCUGAAAUAGAGGAAUUAACUAAACGUUAUCAGGGUCAAAUCGAAGAGAAAGCGAAGUGCAUCGAGGAGGCGAAUGCAAAUAUAUCUCAAAAAUCACAAUUGCUCAGUAAACUGGAAAGUGAUAUUGUUGAAUUGAAAUCGAUUCUGGCGAAUAAAGAUGAAGAAAUAAAAAGUCUCACGCAAAAAACAUUAGAAUUACAGAAUGCGCUCACCUUAUUAGAGCAAACUAAAACUAAUUUGGAGAGUAAACAUAGAAUACUCGAAAGUAAUGCAGAAAAGUUAAACCAACAGGUAGCUGGUGUAGAAAAUAAAUUGUCGCAAGUCACUGCUCAAAAAGAAAAAUUGGAAACCGAUAUUGCCAAUCUAAUAAAUAGUUCCGCUGACUCAUCGGAGCAACUUAUGAAAUACAACGAGGAUUUGCGAAUAAAAGAAAAGGAGCUCGAUGAGUUUAAAGAUAAAGUAUUUAAAAGUGAAAGUACGCUCAAGUUGUUAGAAGUAAAGUUGCAUAACACGGAAGUAGAAUUGAGCAAAGCAAAUACGCUAAUACAGGAACAAAGUUCCGAAUUACAAACUCGUAAAACUGAAUUCGAAAAGGAGAAGAAAUCGAACACGGAAUUAUCUAAUAAACUUAAAGGUAUUGUGGCAGAAAAUGCAGAAUUUCACAAAAUAUUAAAAGAGAACGAACGAGUUAUAGAAGAACUUAAUGAAAAAUUGCAGGAAUCGUCACGUCUCGAAAACGAAAUAAUAAAAGAAAGCAAAGAAGCAAUACUUAAUUUACAAAACCAAUGUGACGCUUUAAAGCAUUCACACGAAGAAGAAAUAUCUUCUCUGCAAAAGGAAAUGAAUGAUUUGAAAACGGAAUUAAGUACUUCUCGAGAAGAAACGAAGUCUUUGCAAAAGUUGAAAACUAAAUUAGAAGCAGAUCAAAGUGCUAAUCGUUGGUCAAUUGAAGAAUUAACGGAUAAACUAGGAGCUGAAGCAGCAAACCGUUCGAAAUUAGAAUCCUUGAUAUCGGAGAAAGAUUCUAAUCUUCAACAAUUGCAAGUUGAGUAUGAAGAAUUACAAAAAACGAAUGAAGCUUUAAUAGUUAAUAAGGAAAUUACCGAUAAAAAUCUUACGACGUCGUUGGAUACUAUGUCCAAAGAAGUAAAAGAAUUGAAGGACGAACUAGUUACUGCGACGGAAACGAUUAAAGUCAAAGAAGACGCUCUUGGUCAAAUGAAAAAGGAAGUUGAACAAAAUGAAGCACAAAUUUCGAAACUUAACGACACUAUCGCGUCCAUGCAAAAGGAACAGACGGAUAAAUUAAAUGAAAUGAAAAAAAUACAAGGAACAUUAGAGGAGAAAGAGAAGGAAAUAUCUAAGAUAGUGGAAUCAAAAAUUUCUUUAGAAAGUAAUGUGAAAACUUUACAAUCAAAAUUAGAGGAAAAUGUAAAAACUUUAGAAUCACAAUUAAAGACUGUACAGAAUGAAUUAAGCGUAAAAAAUAAUUCGCUUCAAGAGAUGGAACAUAUGAUAAAAGAACUGCAAAGCUCCAAAGAUGAAAGUAAACAACAAAAAUUGCUUAAAGAUACAACAGAUAAACAAAUUAGUGAUUUAAACAAUAAUGUAACAACACUAAUGAAAGCUUUAGAAGAUGCACGAACGGAGAAAUCAAAGAUAGACGAACAAAGCCGAAACGAGGAAGUUAAAGUCAUGCAGAGUAAACUGAACGAAGCGAUUAAAGAAAAUAGAAACCUAAUUGACGCGAAAGAAUCCCUUGCAAACUUGCUCAAAGAACAAGAACAAAAAAUAAACGUGUUGACAAAUACCAUGAAAAAUAAAGAAAAAGAAGCGGAAAGGAAUAUGCAAAACUUGAUGGAACAAUUACAUGUGAUAUCUUCGGAAUCUAUACUGUUAAAAGAAGCACAAAGUAAUUUGGCAGCUGGAGGUGACAUGAAACAUAUAGUUGACAAAGAUAUUGACAUCUUAAAACUGAAGGAAGAAUACGAUACAGCUAAAGGUCAAAUAGAUUUCUUAAAUUCGGUAAUAGUUGAUAUGCAACGUAAAAAUGAAGCUUUACUGUGUAAAGUUGAGGUUCUAGAAAUGGGUGUGCCUGCCAUUGAAGCUGACGAAUAUACGAAAAGUACAUUGGAAAAACGAAUGGCUGCUCCACGCAUGUUUUGUGAUAUUUGUGACCAAUUCGAUUUACACGAAACAGAAGAUUGCCCACGUCAGGCUCAGGAUUUUCUAGAAACAGAAAAAAUUGUAAAAUCGCCGAAAAAACCGUCGGUGGAAAGGCCAUACUGCGAAAACUGUGAAAUGUUUGGACACGAUACUCGUGAAUGCGAUGAUGCUGAAACGUUUUAAUGGCGUGUUAUGAUUUAUAGAAUUAUUUCAUUGCUUCUCAAAGAUCCUAGACACAAACAGACCUGUUGAAAUUUUGCAGAGUAUAUUUUUAUAUGAAAGAAUUUACCGCUACCUUAUGUAUGUUAGAAGUAUACGAGAACACGAAAAUAUCGCAUCGUAAUUUUGUGUUCUUGUACACUCCUAAUGCAUGUCUUCCCGCAUAAUAUAUGCGUGUCCAUCCAAGAACAUCUACGAUCAGGUGAAAAACAUGUGCUCCUUAUGUUAAAUUUAUGGUUUAAAAGUUUAUAUGUAUGUUCACCAAAAUGUUUUGUAUGCAUAUUUGUUGCGCUUCCACGUGAUCAUUAAAAGUACAAAGCCAUACCAGUUCUAUUACGAGCUAGAGUUACAAUUUAGUUACUUUACGAUACAUUGUUGAAUUGUAUAAUACUUUAUAGAAGGGGAGCAUAGUCUAUUUGCAUAAUGAAAAGUUAAAUGCAUAGCGUACGAGACUUACUGAAGUCAUAUGUAAUUAUGUACAUAAUAGUUAUUUAUAUCAACCUGUACAUGUAUUUAAUAAUUUAUUUAGCGUUAAAAAACGCCGCACAUUGAGUGAUAGUUCCUUUAAUCAAAGAACUCAACGAUCAUUAGGGUUAAACUGUAAGGCGUUUCUUAUACCAUUUCUGACAAUUUAUAUCGACUUAAUUAGUAGUACAUUUUUUCUGAAGACAUUGUUUGUACAUUCGGCACAAUGAAAAUGUCUCUUGCUUUGUGUGCAUCUUCUGUUCUUGCAGUCAAUACUGGUUCAAAAAUAGUUUCAGCAGAAUUGUACUACUGUGAC